AGGCGCUGCCUCUCCGGCUGAAGCCAGAUCCAAGGCCACCGUGAGGGGGACCCGCCAUCCAGUGAGAAUAUGGCUUGUCACCUUGGAUACCAAUGUUUUACCCCAGGGAUUGGUCACUCCUGCUGCUGUCAGCACUGUAAACACUGCUGGGGGGAGUCGGCCCAAGUCCCCACCCCCAGCCAGGUCUCAGAGGGGAUCGUCCUUCAGGCUCGGAGGGGCCUGCGUGUCACUGCACCCCCAACCCUAGCUCAGGGGCUGUAGAACUCGAGAUACCAUCCUGUUUCUCCUGGCUGAGGAAGGGAAAGGAACGUCCACACCUUCCGUACUUGUCCAUUCUGUGUCCCCGGGGCCUGGAGUAAAGACACCUUCAAAUGCAGAGGCUCUUCAGACUCAGCUUUCCUGGAAACUGAUCUUCAAUGCACUAAGAGAAGGAGACUCUCAAACCAAAAAUGACCUGGAGGCACCAUGUCAGGUUUCUGUUUACGGUCAGUUUGGCAUUACAGAUCAUCAAUUUGGGAAAUAGCUAUCAAAGAGAGAAACAUAACGGCCGAAGAGAGGAAGUCACCAAGGUUGCCACUCAGAAGCACCAACAGUCACCGCUCAACUGGACCUCCAGUCAUUCCGGGGAGGUGACUGGGAGCGCCCAGGGCUGGGGGCCGGAGGAGCCCCUCCCCUACUCCCGGGCUUUCGGAGAGAGUGCGUCCGCGAGGCCGCGCUGCUGCCGGAACGGCGGCACCUGCGUGCUGGGCAGCUUCUGCGUGUGCCCGGCCCACUUCACCGGCCGCUACUGCGAGCAUGACCAGAGGCGCAGUGAAUGCGGUGCCCUGGAGCAUGGAGCCUGGACCCUCCGCGGCUGCCACCUCUGCAGGUGCGUCUUCGGGACCCUGCACUGCCUUCCCCUCCAGACGCCUGGCAGCUGUGACCCCAAAGACUUCCUAGCCUCCCACGCUCCAGGGCGCGGCGCCGGGGGCGCGCCCAGCCUGCUGCUCCUGCUGCCCUGCGCGCUCCUGCACCGCCUCCUGCGCCCGGACGCGCCCGCGCACCCUGGCUCCCUCGUGCCUUCCGUCCUGCAGCGGGAGCGGCGCCCCCUGCGGAAGGCCGGGACCUGGGCAUCGCCUUUCAUUUUCACUGUUGUAAAUAAUAGGUGUGUUUAGUUUACCGUAAGCUGAAGCGCUGGGUGGAUAUUUUUACGGGGUAAUAAACAUUUUCAUGAAAGCGCCUUUGGCUCCAGAUCCUUGGAUCUGGUAUCCAGAUCCAGAUCCGUGUGUCCCCAUCACGGCUGGGACCUGUAGGUGGAGAUAGCAGGACAACAGCAAGGAGCCAAAGCUGGAGCCAGAAAGCCUGGCACCGCCUCCUUCCCCCGACAGUUAGCACCUUCCUUUCACAACAUCUCCCUUAAGGGGGGCGCGUCUGCUGCGGAACCCAGCGCAAGGCGAGGCAGGCAGAGUUCAGCCUACAGAGCCCCAGGCAGCCUCCCCCGUCUCCCCAGCGCCGCUUCUCAGGCCGCUUCCACAGCCAGUCCAGGGCGACGGGCGCCGCGAGCUGAGCACGCCCGGCCGGGCCGCACCACACAGGCUUGGCCAUGCGGAAUGAGCGAGCACCUCAGCUGCUCGACUCCCACUGAUCUGGCCAGCGCCUGGACCCCUUCGGAACCCGGCACAGUGCUAUGGAAGUUUGUGGCCACAGAGCUAGCUGGAUCCCCAGAAGCUGAAUGCUGCCAAGUGAGUGGAGUGCUGGGCUGGGAAAUGUCUGCAGCACUCCCACGGGGAAGGAUGUGCUGCUCAGCGCGUGAGAAGUGGCUCUCCAGAAACAAAAAAGGCCUCAAGCAAGCCUCCUGCCUCGUCCUUCCCAAGUGUUGGAAUUGUAGGCAUGAGCCACCGCUCCUGGCCAGGAGCUAUUCAUCUUUAACAUGAAGAUCUCAUGACAUGGUUGUAUUGAGUGGAGGAGUGGAAGGAAAGGUUGCCUCUUCCAGCCUAUUCCACGAGACCUGAGGCUAAUCGGCUCCUCAACCAGCCCAGAUUCUGGGAUUCACCCUGCAAAGGCUGUGACUGUAACUUGACCAUGACCAGAAGGCCAAAGGCUGAGCCUCAGAGGAGCUGAAGCUUCAAUCAGACGUUUGGCUGAAGGACAGCAACUGCCACGCAGCUCCUCCCUGAACACCUGUCUCUCAAAUCAGGUCCUGGCUGUAUGGUCCUCCUCCCCCCACAUGCCUGCAUCCACCUCCCCAAAGGCCUCUCCUGCUCCGAGCCGCUGUCUGGCGCAGGGUCUACCAUGGUCCUGGGCUUGUGCCUCACUUUCCUGACAGGAUGAGAAGCCUCAGGGUGGGGCUUGCAUCUCUGUGUACCGCACAGUGGGCCUGACUUGAGGCCUGGCACCCGCGGGUGCUGAAUAAAUGAGUGGGAUCUGAGGAGGAUGCUACAGCCAGCUAUGUCCAAAGCUCUGGCUUCUGGCUCAGAAUUUGACAUCCUCCCGACUCCCUCAGAGCACACAGCAAGCCCAGGAAGCACUGGAGGAGUAACUGAGUCUCCUGACCCUCUCUGCCUCACACCUCCUGGGACAGAGGCCGUCUGUUUCAUCUUUCACUCUCAUCUGUGGGGACAGUGGCACAUAAUUCUCCAGAAGUGACAAAACCCCCCUGGCUGGACAUACAGAGUCGCAGGACCCUUCUGGGGAAGAAUGUGCCAGCAUGUGUGGGUAGCCAGGACAUAGGGGAGCCUUCGGCAAGUGUUCCCUGGACAGCCUGCAAUGAGACCUGGCUGGGAGGGGCCAGGCACUUGAACAUGCAUGCCUGGCCCUGGGAAGCCCUGGAACUGUCACUCUGUCUCAUCACCUGAAGCGUGUGUCAAGUGUGUGACCUGGGACGCUGCACACCCACUACCACUUACACAAGAAAAACCGCGGCCCACUGAGAUUGUGUGGAUGGCCUAGAGCUGGGCAAGAUGCAGAAACCAAAGCUCACAUUGACUGGAACAUCAGGAUUUUGAUUCUUAAAGUUUACAGCAGAUGGAGAGUGGGCUGGAGGUGGUUCCCUUUAGAAAUAAAGUCUGUUUUCCUCUAUUUAUUGAUAAUCCCAA